UGGCACGCGCACUACCUCGUUUAUCAGUAGAUAUCAGACAGAUGCGUGCGACAGUCGGAGAGUUUGAGUUUCAGAAGAAGGAUAUGAAACGUUAGCGUUUGCACUGUCGCUAGCGGGGUCAGUAGGACAUACUGAGCAAAAUAUAAGGAAUGGCAGUUGACAUUUGUCGCCAAUUGAGAGCCGUCUGGUAAGCGUUGAGAGCUUGUUUCGUUCUUAUACACAGGUGUUAUUUAUUACUCAUGAAUGCGAAUAUCAUUUGAACUGCCCUUACGUCGAUUUUCUGGAUUAUAUAGGAAUAUAUAUACAUUUUGCGCAAUGGAGCCCUAAAUAGUUACAUAUUUUCUUUAAAAAAAAUAGGAUUUAUAGAAUCGUUUUUAGACCCUGGAGACUUUUGAAAUUUAGCAGAAGAGCAACGAGAUUAACGGACACAAUUUGGGCGAAAUCCACUGAAUCAACACUGAUUCAGCAAUGCCAUCCCAUUGGCCACAGACGUCAAUUCAAUGUUUAGUUGUGAUUUACAUUUGGUUGAGUUAUCACUAACGUGAAUUCAACACAACAUGCCACCAUGUCAUUGGAUUUAGGCAAAAAAAGGGUGACUUCAAGAGCUUGAGGGGGCAACACCACAACACAACCCUUACAGCCUGACACACACACACACACACACAACCAACACAAACACACACUGAACCUCAGCAUGCUGUCGAACGAGAGCUGUGAGAACAGCACCUAUAUCCACACAGACGGGAACCCGGUGGUGAGCACAGUGAUGUUCAUCCUGGGGGUGAUGGGGAACUUCAUCGCCCUGGCCAUCCUGGGGGUCCACCAGAAGGAGCGACGCACCAAGUCCUCUGUCUUCUGCAUCCUGGUGACGGGACUGGCCCUGACUGACCUGCUGGGAACCUGCUUCCUCAGCCCCCUGGUGUUUGUGUGCUAUGCCCGCCAGCGAUCCCUGCUGGGGCUCACUGGGGACCAGGGACUCUGUGGCCUCUUUGCCUUUGCCAUGACCUUCUUUGGCCUGGCCUCCAUGCUCAUCCUCUGUGCCAUGGCCGUGGAGCGCUGCCUGGCCAUCAGCCACCCCUAUUUUUACUCCAAGUGCGUCCGACGCAGCUUCGCCAAGGUGGCCCUCCUGCUUAUCUACAUCUUCACCUGCGCCUUCUGUGUUUUGCCAUUCUUCGGCUUUGGCCGCCACAAGCAGUACUGCCCGGGCACGUGGUGCUUCAUCAAGAUGGAGGCGGCAGGCGAGGGAGUGGACGAAGAGAGGAAGGUUCUGGCGUUCUCUCUGUCCUACGCCUCGCUCAUGGCGCUGCUGAUCGUGGCGGUGUUUGUGUGCAAUGGCUCUGUGAUUGUCAGCCUGUGCCGGAUGCACCGCAGCCAGAUGACACGGCGUGGUUCGGUGGUGAACGGAGGGAGGAAGAGGAAGAUGAGUCUGGGCUGGUUCGGACAGGGGGAGGAGGAGAUGGACCACCUGAUGCUGCUGGCCUCCAUGACGGUCAUCUUCGUUGUCUGCUCCUUGCCGCUCACUAUUGCCGGUUUUGCCAAUGCCAUCGAGCCAGUGGGUGACGACCAGGAGAACCUGCUGGCGUUCCGUUUCCAGGCCCUCAACCCCAUCGUGGACCCCUGGGUCUUCAUCAUCUUCCGCAAGUCCGUGUUCCGCCAUCUCCGCUCGCUGCUGCGCUGCCGCUUCACGGGGGGAGCGGUGAAGAACACGGCCCACUGCACCUUCUCCUUAACCCCUGACGACCACAGGGAGUCUCCCAAACCCUUGCCCUCUGUUUCCUUGCAGCCCAAGCUAUACUCCAGCCUCUUAUGUGGGGGUGGGACUCGGGGCAGGAAAGAGAAUGGGAUUUAGGGAUGGAUGGAUGUGGGAGAGCAGACAUUUGGGGGAAGGGGUUCGGGAUUUAGGGUUUGGAGAAUUAACUUUUUUGAUUAUUAGUACCUUAUCCACUGUUGACUAGGAUACAUAUAGUAUACCCGAUGCAUGAGUAUACCCGAUGCAUGACUAUACCCAAUGCAUGAGCUACAUGUUUCAUACAUGUGAGUGCCAUGUAAAAAGACUGCAAAGUGAGCGAUUAUGCCUCCAAACACACUGAAAACAAAAAAAACUCCAAGCAACUGAAAUGGAUGUAUGCAGGAAACCACUAAGGGAUUCAUUAUGGACAACCAGCCCUGGAACAGCAAAGGACUCUGUCGACAUACAGUACCUUCAGAAAGGAUUCAUACUUUAUUUUUACCUUUAAGCAAUUCAGUUAAUAACAAAUUCUUAUUUUCAGUAAUGGCCUAGGAACAGUGGGUUAGCUGCCUUGUUCAGGGGCAGAA